GGCGGGAGCGCGCGGCCCGGGGAUUGUGGCUGCCGCGCACCGGGACGCCAGGGCUCUGCUCCGCAGCCAGCGGCUUCCGCGGCGCGACCCUAGGUCCCCGCGCCCGCUGACAGCGCGGAGGACAGCGGGCGGACGCGCGGGCCCGAAGGCCGGCGCCCGGGGAGCCCGAAAGGGCGGACGCGCUGCUGGUUUGCCGCCGGCGGGCGCUUCUGAGGGGCGGAAGCCGGGCCCGAGGAGGGACAGACCCGAGCCCUGACUGGCUGUAUUGGGAUCAUGGACAGAGACCAAUGCACGGCGUUGGGCCCUGCCCUGCAGCGGUGGCUGCUGCUGGCGGCCCUGACAGUGGGACUCCUGACCCAGAACGGCCUGGCGGGUGUGAAGAAGUUUGAUGUGCCCUGUGGAGGGCGAGACUGCAGUGGGGGCUGCCAGUGCUACCCUGAGAAAGGAGGGCGGGGCCAGCCAGGGCCAGUGGGACCCCAGGGAUACACUGGGCCCCCAGGGUUGCAAGGAUUCCCAGGACUGCAGGGCCACAAAGGUGACAAGGGUGAAAGAGGCGCGCCUGGGAUCACAGGACCUAAAGGAGAUGUGGGAGCAAGAGGCGUUUCUGGAUUCCCUGGUGCUGACGGAAUUCCUGGACACCCUGGGCAAGGUGGACCCAGAGGACCACCUGGCUACGAUGGCUGCAAUGGGACCAGAGGAGACAUAGGUCAGCAGGGACCCCCCGGCCCCGACGGCUCCCCUGGACCUGCUGGGCCCUAUGGACCCAAAGGGCAGAAAGGUGAACCUUAUGCACUGUCUAAAGACGACCGUGACAAAUACAGGGGUGAACCUGGAGAUCCUGGAUUGGUUGGUUUCCCGGGGCCUCCUGGCCGCCAUGGGCCUGUGGGGCCAAUGGGUCCCGUUGGAGCUCCAGGAAGACCAGGACCGCCUGGACCCCCUGGACCAAAAGGACAGCAAGGCAACAGAGGACUUGGCUUUUAUGGAGAAAAGGGUGAAAAGGGUGACAUGGGACAGCCAGGACCCAAUGGGAUUCCAUCAGACAACAAUCACGCAAUCAUUGGGCCUACGAAGGAAGUGAUCUAUCCAGAUCAGUAUAAGGGUGAAAAAGGAAGUAGAGGGGAACCAGGAAGAAAAGGCUCUUCCUUCAAGGGAGAAGAAGGAAUCAUGGGCUUUCCAGGACUCCGGGGUCCCCCUGGCUUUGAUGGUGAAAAAGGUGUACAAGGACAGAAAGGAAGCAGAGGACCGGAUGGCUAUCCAGGCCCAGAUGGGCCCCGAGGACCCAAGGGAGAAAUGGGUGACCGAGGUCUCCCAGGCCCACCUGCCUACCCCAUCCAUCCUUCUCUAGCUAAAGGUGGCAGAGGUGACCCAGGAUUUCCAGGAACCCAUGGGGACCAAGGAACCCGGGGUCUGCCAGGGGACCCUGGCCCACCAGGCUUCCCCGGCCCGACUGUCAGAAGUGAAGAUGGACGGAGAGGCGCCCCAGGUGAAAUGGGACCCAAAGGUUUCAAAGGAGAACCGGGCAUCCCUGCGCUCUACCCUGGUUCACCAGGAGCUGAAGGAAAACGAGGGUCCCCCGGAUACCCAGGGCCCCCUGGACCACCAGGACCGGAUGGUUUCCUUUUCGGCCUUAAAGGAUCACCAGGAGAUGCGGGCUCUCCUGGGAUUCCAGGUUUCCCUGGGACCCGCGGACAGAAAGGAUGGAAAGGUGAUUAUGGGGACUGUAGAUGUGCAGAUGAUCAGUUCGUCAGUGGUCUUCCAGGAGCACCAGGACCCAAGGGCUUCCCAGGCACGCCUGGGGAGCCAGGAAGAAGAGGGAUCCAAGGAGACCCUGGCCAUCAUGGCACCCCUGGGUUCCCAGGGCUCAAGGGAGCCCCUGGUGACUUUGGACCUCCUGGACCCAAAGGAAUAAAAGGAGAUUCUAGAACAAUUACCACCAAAGGUGAGAAGGGACAACCAGGUAUCCCAGGUGUGCCUGGAAUAAAAGGUGGCGACGGCUUCCCGGGUCGUGACGGGCUGGAUGGAUUCCCAGGCCUUCCGGGCCCUCCUGGUGAUGGCAUCAAAGGCCCCCCGGGGGAUGCAGGCUACCCAGGAGUACCUGGCACCAAGGGCUUUCCAGGAGAAAGGGGUCCCCCAGGACUGGGCCUCCCAGGCCCCAAAGGCGAGCGUGGUUUCCCUGGAGAUGUUGGAUUACCCGGACCGCAAGGCCUCCCUGGACCUCCGGGCCCCCCAGGCCUCCCAGGACAAAUAGAUUGCGAUACAGGUGUGAAAAGACCCAUCGGAGGUGACGGACAGGAUGUCAUCCAGCCAGGUUGUAUUGGAGGGCCCAAGGGAUUGCCAGGCCAGCCGGGCCCCCCGGGCCCCACAGGUGCCAAAGGCCUCCAGGGGCUACCAGGAUUCCCAGGAGCUGAUGGACCACAAGGUCCCAAAGGUUUCCCAGGAGAUCCAGGGCGUGAAGGGUUCCCAGGACCCCCAGGGUUCGUGGGGCCCCGAGGAUCCAAAGGUGCGAUGGGCCGCCCGGGCCCUGAGGGACCCCCAGGCCCCAGCGGCCUACCAGGACAAGUCGGGCCCCCAGGGGACAGGGGCCUUCCUGGCGAAGUCCUGGGGGCCCAGCCUGGAUCCCGAGGAGACGCUGGACUGCCUGGACACCCUGGGCUGAAAGGCUUUCCCGGAGAAAGAGGCCCACCUGGAUUCAGGGGAAGCCAAGGAAUGCCAGGAAUGCCAGGCCUGAAGGGUGUCCCAGGCUUCCCAGGACCUCUAGGCAAAACCGGACUGCCCGGGCCACCAGGGCUGCAUGGCUUCCCGGGAGCUCCUGGCCAGGAGGGGCCCUUGGGGCUGCCAGGCGCCGUAGGCCAUGAAGGUCUAUCUGGAGAUAGAGGGGACCCAGGUGACACAGGUGUCCCUGGCCCCUUGGGCAUGAAAGGUGUCCCCGGUGAUAGAGGUGAUCAUGGUUUCUUGGGUGAGAGAGGCCACCCGGGACCCCCUGGCUUUAAAGGAAUAGCCGGAAUGCCUGGUAACCCUGGACUAAAAGGGGAGAGAGGUUCGCCUGGGAUGGAUGGUUUCCAAGGCAUGCUUGGGUCCCAAGGAAGACCCGGGCUUCAAGGAAACAAAGGAGAGCCCGGAUUUUUCGGAGUUCCAGGGGUAAAGGGUCUGGAUGGCUGGCCAGGUGUGAAAGGAAACCGAGGGGAACCAGGCCCCCCAGGACCACCUCCCAUCAUCCUGCCAGGAAUGAAAGACAUUAAAGGGGAGAAAGGAGAUGAAGGACCUAUGGGUUUGAAGGGCUACCUGGGCCUAAAAGGCCUUCCAGGAAUGCCCGGGAUCCCUGGGCUGUCGGGCGUCCCUGGGCUGCCUGGCAGGCCCGGCUACAUCAAAGGAGUCAAAGGCGACAUCGGAGUGCCCGGCAUACCCGGUUUGCCAGGAUUCCCUGGUGUGCCUGGUUCCCCUGGAAUUACAGGGUUUCCAGGCUUCACAGGAAGUAGGGGUGACAAGGGUGCUCCAGGGAGAGCAGGUCUUUACGGAGAGGCUGGCCCCACGGGUGAUACUGGUGAUAUUGGAGACACUAUAAAUUUGCCAGGAAGCCCAGGCCUGAAGGGGGAACGAGGCAUCACUGGAGCACCAGGUCUAAAGGGAUUCUUUGGAGAGAAAGGAGCAGAAGGUGACAUCGGCUUCCCUGGGAUAACAGGCAUACCAGGAGCCCAAGGCCCUCCUGGUCUUACAGGGCAAACAGGCUUUCCAGGACAGGCAGGCCUGCGAGGGCAGCAAGGAGACCCUGGCCGGGUUGGAGUGCCCGGCGAGAAAGGAGAUUAUGGCUGGCCAGGUAUUCCAGGCUUACCAGGUUUACCAGGCAUCCAAGGCAUUGGUGGAUUACACGGCUUGCCAGGCACCAAAGGCUCUCCAGGAUCCCCAGGUGAAGACAUCCAUGGAGACCCAGGUUUCCCAGGUCCUGCUGGGGACAGGGGGGAGCCAGGAGAGGCCAACACCCUUCCAGGCCGUGCCGGAGCCCCAGGACAAAAAGGGGAGCGAGGAGCUCCAGGGGAACGAGGCCCAGUUGGGAGCCCAGGACUUCAGGGGUUUCCAGGCAUCACGCCUCCUUCCAACAUUUCUGGGUUGCCUGGCGACCAAGGGCCAGCAGGGAUAUUUGGCCUGAAAGGUUAUCCAGGCCCCGCGGGACCACUUGGGCCGGCUGCUCUUCCUGGAAGCAAAGGAGAUGUGGGGUACCCAGGAGUUCCAGGAAACCCAGGCACCAAAGGAUGGGUUGGAGACCCAGGACCCCAGGGCCGGCCUGGUGUGAUUGGUCUCCCAGGAGAAAGAGGGCCCAGAGGCGAGCAAGGAUUCAUGGGGAACAUAGGACCCACGGGAAGCGUGGGCGACCGAGGCCCGAAGGGACCCAAAGGAGACCGAGGACUCCCGGGUACCCCCGGUGCUUUGGGAUCCCCAGGGAUUGCAGGAAUCCCCCAGAAGAUUACUGUCCAGCCUGGGCCAAUGGGCCCACAGGGAAGGAGAGGCCCCCCGGGGGCACAGGGAGAGAUGGGACCCCAGGGUCCCCCAGGAGAACCAGGUUUACGCGGGGCUCCAGGAAAGGCAGGGACCCAGGGAAGAGGCGGUGUGUCUGCCGUGCCCGGAUUCCGAGGAGAGCAGGGACCUGUGGGGCACCAGGGGCCCGUCGGCCAGGAGGGGGAGCCAGGCCGCCCAGGGACCCCCGGCCUCCCCGGCAUGCCUGGGCGCAGCGUCAGCAUUGGCUACCUCCUGGUGAAGCACAGCCAGACAGACCAGGAGCCCAUGUGCCCCGUGGGCAUGAACAAGCUCUGGAGUGGAUACAGCCUGCUGUACUUCGAAGGCCAGGAGAAAGCCCACAACCAGGACCUGGGGCUGGCAGGCUCCUGCCUGGCUCGGUUCAGCACCAUGCCCUUCCUGUACUGCAACCCUGGGGACAUCUGCUACUACGCCAGCCGGAAUGACAAGUCCUACUGGCUCUCCACCACUGCCCCGCUGCCUAUGAUGCCUGUGGCGGAGGACGACAUCAAGCCCUACAUCAGCCGCUGCUCCGUGUGCGAGGCCCCAGCCGUCGCCAUAGCAGUCCACAGUCAAGAUGUCUCCAUCCCCCACUGCCCAGCUGGAUGGCGGAGCUUGUGGAUCGGAUAUUCCUUCCUCAUGCACACUGCCGCAGGCGAUGAAGGCGGUGGCCAGUCGCUGAUGUCACCUGGCAGCUGUCUGGAGGACUUCCGUGCCACGCCUUUCAUCGAGUGCAAUGGAGGCCGUGGGACCUGCCACUACUUCGCCAACAAGUACAGCUUCUGGCUCACCACCAUCCCCGAGCAGAACUUCCAAGGCUCGCCCUCCCCCGACACGCUCAAGGCAGGACUCAUCCGGACGCACAUCAGCCGCUGCCAGGUGUGCAUGAAGAACCUAUGAUGCGCCGGUUCCCGGGCGCUGCCCCACCUGGUGCACUCCUCUGCAGGUCCACAUUCAGCCUGGGCGGCCACUUUGGUGCUUAACUUAUUACCUCAGGUGCUGACCCGAAAAGUGAUUUCAUUUUUUUCUUUAAAAACAAACAAAAAGGCCGCCAAAGGAAUCCAGCACCAGCUCUUGUACCAAAUAUCCACUUGUCAUCCAUCCACAGGUGCUCGCCACUGUCCCCACUCUGCAGAAUGAAACCCUCCUUGUGGCCCCCUGACCCUCCAAAAGGGAAAACUGUCAGCAGCCCCAGCACUCCCUGUCGGCCCACGCUAGACUUUGACACGCUAGGUGCGACUAACCUCUUCUUCUGUACCUGCACUUCAUAUAGUCACUGCACUUUCAGACCUCAUAGAAAACCUGCUUAUUUAAUCACUUAAUGGGAUGAUAUAAACAAAUGAAGCCAUACAGCCCAAAGGCUCCUGAAUUCAUUUCCACUGUUCCCACAUAAAGGUCUCCCGGGGGUUGGCCCCCGCCCUGCCCUCUACACCAACAAGAUGACAGCAUGAUCUCCCAGUUACUGGGGAUAUGAAUCAUCCUAACUCCUCAAGGCAAAAAAAGACACUGGUAGUCACAUACCAGCUGUCAUUCCUUCCACCACACCCUUACAGACCAUUGGGUUUGGCAAAACUCACAAGCAACAAAGACCUACUAACUGUCUGUGGUCAGCCAGGCUACUUGACGGCAAACCCAUGCGGUCGGAGAUGAUGCCUCCACUAGCCCCCAACUGUCCUGAGGUUCACCCUCCAUUCAUUGUUGUACAUUGUAAUCCCAUGAUUAAGAAUAAUGUCUUCUAUAAUGACUGUGGAAUAAAUGUUAAUUUUGAACAUUUUUAUA